GCUGACGUCACAAAGGCAGUAUGGCCGGACAGCAUCGGCUGUCUGCAUUGUAACGUUGGAUUAACGCUUUCCGGGGGUUCGACGGGACACGUUAAACUAAACUAUGUCGGAUUACUUCAAGUCCGCCCUGGGGUAUCUAAACGGAGCCGUGAACACGAACGAGUACGUCGGGCAAAUAUUGGAAAUCAACAAUGUGAAAUUACGCGUGACUAGGCUACUCGCCGAGGGUGGUUGGGCUCUGGUGUUCGCAGUGGAAGAUAUAAAUACAGGGAAAGAAUAUGCACUCAAGAGACUCAUAGCAGUAGACGAAGAAGCGAAUCGAAGUAUCGUACAAGAAAUAGAGGUGCUGAAGAGAUUAUCGGGUCAUCCGAACGUGAUUCAGUAUCUGUACGCCCAGCGCGUAGAACGCGAGGAUCGUAAGGGAUACGAAUAUUUGUUAGUAACGGAACUAUGCCCAGGAGGGACAGUGGCAGACAUACUUCGAUGCCUAUCGCCGAACUCUCUGACCCUCGCCCAGAUCUGUAAGAUAGCCUACCAGGCUACGAGAGCUGUGCACCACAUGCACAACCAGCAGCCAGAGCCACUGGUACACAGAGACAUAAAGUUAGAGAAUUUCCUAAUCGGGAGCGACGGUCUGAUCAAGCUCUGCGACUUUGGUAGCGCUUCCAACCAGCAGAUCUUGCCAAACCCGUCGUGGAACGCCCAGAAACGCGCGAACCUCGAGGACCAGAUGGCCAAGUACACGACGCCCAUGUACAGAGCGCCGGAAAUGAUGGACACGUGGAACAACGAGCCGAUCGGUCCUCCGGUCGACUGCUGGGCGCUCGGCUGCAUAAUUUACACUCUGGUCACCCUCAGGCAUCCGUUUCCCGAAGGCAACAAGCUCGCUAUAGUGAACGGCAAGUACCCCCCGCUUCCAGCUAAUCCACGUCUAUCCUGCCUACACGAUAUAGUGAAAGGGUGCUUGGAGAUUUCUCCGGUGCGAAGACUGACCACGUCGGCGAUCUUGGAACGCCUCGCGGCGAUAGCCGAGUCGAACGACUUUGAUCUCAGAGAACCCCCGAAAGUGGAAGUACCAGCGAAAGCCCCACCGCCUCCCAGACCGGCACCACCGCCGCCGACCAACGCUCCGGCACCUCCUCCGAGGCCGACGCCACCUCCGGUGACCGCUCCUCCACCUAGACCCGUACCCGCUGCGCAAACGGCCGUAGCCAAAGUCCCGGUCGCUCAGACCACGGGACUGUUCAGUUCUCUAAAAGGAGGCGCCGGUAGCUUCCUGAGGAACAUCAAGGACACCUCGAGCAAGAUGAUGCACUCGAUGCAGCAGAGCAUGGCCAGGACAGAAUUAGACAUCAGUUACUUAACGUCCCGCAUAUUAGUCAUGCCUUAUCCCGCGGAUGGAAUCGAGUCGGCGUACAGAGCGAACCACGUGGAGGACGUCAGGGCGUUUCUCCAGGCCCGGCACCCUCCGCCGGCUCGUAUACAAUUAUAUAACUUGUCCCGUGGACGACCGAACGUUACCAGGCUUCCCGGUAGACAUAUCGAUUGUUCGUUCGCCUAUGCUUGUUCGGAUUCCAACGCCCCGCUGUUGUCCGCGUUGUAUCAGAUAUGCCAGGACAUCUAUCGAUACCUCAACGCCGAUUUCAAUCACAUCGUAGUAUUAUAUUGCACCGACGGAUUUAGAGCCAGUGCAACGGUCGCGUGCACUCUUCUGAUCUACGCCAGGGCUUUCACUACCCCCGAGGAAGCUAUGGCGAUGUUCACCACGAGGCGACAGCCUCCCAAGCUACAACCCUCGGAAUUUCGCAGUAUUAAUUACAUGAGCUUACUCAGCACCGGCGUGCAGCCGCACACGAAGCCUCUGGCACUCCGCUCGUUAGUAAUCGAACCCGUUCCCCUGUUCACCAGGGCGAAAGACGGCUGCAGACCUUACGUAGAUAUUUACAGCAACGGUGCUUUAGUUUUCUCCACCAAGCUGCCGGAGUACGAGGACAUGAGACUGUUCGGGAUGAUGGUGGGCAAGCUCGCGAUAGUGUUAGGCAACGCUACCGUCAGGGGCGAUGUGACUUUAGUGAUAUAUCAUGCUAGACAGCAACUGGGUCGCGUGAUAGGGAUCAAGAUCGCAUCCGUACACUUCCACACGGGGUACAUACCCCUCACAGACUCUGCUUUAACGUUUAAGAAAAAGGAUCUUGACGACGCGCCCGAAGUCGGUAGUAACUGUACUGUCACGUUGAACAUUAUGGUAGCGAAGGAAAUUCCGAAGAUGGCCAGAGUUCCAGCUCCGUGGGAGGCCGAGGUCAACACGAAACUGGAACCAGACCCGCUGUUUGGAUCCACUUUAGAAAUGGAAGAGACUCUGGACAGUUUCAGAACAGCCAAACCUCAAGAGGCUCUGAAGGAAGUGACUGCCCCGAUAGAAGAACCUCCGGAGAACGUGGACGCGCAGCAAACGGAGACGCCUGAACAGUCUCAGGACGAGGAGGUGCAAGAACAAAUCACCGAGGAGAUUAAAUUUCAAGAGGCAGACUUGCUGAACUUGGGAAUGCCAGAAGCCAGUACUGUAGACGAUACUACUCCGCAGGCUGCUAACCCGGGAUUAGAUAUAUUUUCUAGCUCUAGUCAGAAGGAAAGCGAUCUCUUAGGCGGCUUCGGUGUCUUCGUACAGCAAGAGAAGAACACCGUGCCGACCAUAAACGAUCCUGCCCAAAACGAUUUAUUAUUUGGACACGAUCAGCCUACCGCUAAGAAUGACAACCCUAACAAUAAUCUAAACGAUUUCCUGUUUACUCAAGGCCAGUCGGCGAAUAAACAGAAUUUAGACGAUUUGUUCGACCCGUUCGGUGGUACCGGGAACAAUCUCUUGGGAGGAAUGCAAGGCUCUAAAUCGAACAACGUCAAGCCUCCCGAGGAGAGUUUCCCACGGAACUCGAGCGUACCGAACUUCGCAGCGAACACUCAGAACAAGGAUCCGUUCGCGAACCUCACCAGCUCUCUGGGAGCUGGUCUGAACACCAGUUGGAACGGAACGCCCAAGAACUCUAAUACUCCACAGUCGUCCAGCCCGGCCCCGGCCAGUACGCCGAUUCACUCGAGUCCUCAUACGCACAGAAACACCACCAACGAGGCGAACACCGCUGAACCAGGAACUACGAAAAAAGGCGACGCGUUCGAAGAUCUCCUAGGAAGUCAAGGAUACAAUUUCUUCAGUUCGAGGAAAGCGGAGAAAGACAGUCCAAAGACAAUAAAUCAAAUGAGGAAAGUCGAGGCUGCGAAGACCAUGGAUCCAGACAGGAUGAAGAUCGCUGAAUGGACCGAGGGCAAGAAGGGUAAUUUACGGGCAUUGCUAUGUUCCAUGCAUACUGUCCUAUGGCCAGAAGCUGACCGGUGGCAGAGGGUCGAGAUGCAUCAGUUGGUCUCUGCUGCAGACGUGAAGAAGGCCUACAGGAAGGCUUGCCUCGCCGUGCAUCCGGAUAAGCAAGCUGGAACGGCUAACGAGAAUAUAGCGAAACUGAUCUUCAUGGAACUGAACAACGCCUGGAGCACGUUCGAGAACGACGCGUCGCAACAAAAUUUAUUUAGUUAAUUAUUCCGAUUUGACUGUUAUACACUCGUUUACGUCUAAGGUAGUUCCUAGGAAAGAGAGAACCGAGAAUAUUAUUAAUUAACUAAUUAACUAUUAUUAAUAUAAGAUGACUCUCUCCGUGUUACAUUCCAGCUAAUGGUAUCUUAGCUGUAGAAAAAAAAAAGAAUUGUAGCAAAAGGCGAAAGCUGCAUUUUGAAUGGCUACCCGUGUACAUGCAACAACUCUCUUUGUCGUAUGAAAGAAAGCCUUGUAAGAUUACUUAAAACCGUAUUAAGUGUAACUGCGGCAAAACGUAUAUAUGUAUAUAAGGCAAAAAAACUGUAAAUUAAGGAGGAUUCCAAAUAUAUAAAGAUAUUUUCCGGC